AGAUGGAACGUGGUAGAGCUUCAGUAGAUAUGGGUAACCUCCGCCGCAACCGAACAAAGGAGAUUGCGAGGAAUCAUCCAAGCUUGCAGAAAGGUAAGGGACGGGCCGGGGCUUCAUCUCAAACCCGAGAUGAUUUUGAUGCGGAUUAUAACCAAAGAUAUGGGUCUGCGAUGUCCGAUGAGCAAGUAGAACAACUAUUACAACAAAAUCAAGGGGCCUUCUUCCAUCAACAAAACAUCCCGACCAUUGACGAAGAAGAGCUCGAGGAUGAUGAUGCGGAGGAGAGGGAUCCGCAAACGGUCGAGCACGAGGUUCAUGGCACACCGUACGAUGAUGAAGAGCAAGCGGAAGUGGCUACUUCUUCCCAAGGCGGUGAGAAAGCUGAAUCAGUCUUUAAGGCAAAUUUUACAAAAUUUAAAGACCCCC